AUGGUGGGAGCGAAAGACUGGUGCGUGGUAGAGGUCACAUCCUUACGGAGUGAACAUUUUAGGAUCAUUGUUCUAGAAUCGAAGGACGUGGUUGCAAGAGGAUGCUGUGGAUCCAUGCAGAAGCGCACCAUAGUAGGCGGAUGGGCGUUCGCGUGGUGGCUUGUCACAGAUGUCCAACGCAUCUCCCUUGAGGUUAUGACACUGAACCCAAUGUGCGAGAUGGUGGAGACGGCCCAAGGCGUUCCGCUCACUGUCACCGGGGUUGCCCAGUGCAAGAUCAUGAACGAGGACGAACUGCUGACCACAGCCUGCGAGCAGUUCCUCGGCAAGACUGUCCGGGAGAUCAAGAUGACCAUCCUGCAGACCCUCGAAGGCCACUUGCGAGCAAUCCUUGCGAAAACAUCAACUAAAACGCCACGACUACCCGAAGCAUCGCCCAGAGAAGUGUCCAACUGUCUGCGAGUUCAGUAA